GCUAGACAAACAUCCGGGUGAAAGAUAUUUUCAUGCGCAAGAGUAAUAUUACCAUCUCUACUACAAUACGAUAUGGUUGCAAUGGAAUCAUAUCAUUUUAAUCAUCAACCGACUAUCAACGCGUAAACACACAACAACAGAGUGCAGAGAGAGAUAACAUACUUUAAUAAAAUCGACUAAUAAAGAAACAGUGUUCCCUUAUUGAAAUUAUAACAUGUCUCCGGAAACGGUAGUCUUAAUAAGCCUCUGGCUCAUUGCAACAUUAUUUGGUUUGAUUUAUUUGUUUUUGCGAUGGAAUUUCAACUAUUGGUCGUAUUUUAAAGUAAAUGGACCUAAGCCAGAUAUCUAUUUUGGAAAUUUGCCCAGUGCUGUAACCAAGAAACGUCAUGUUAUCUACGAUAUAUGGAAUAUUUAUGAUGUUUACAAGCAUACUGAUUAUUUUGUUGGAAUUUUUAAAAAUCGUACACCGCAGUUAAUGAUACUUAAUCCACAGAUGGCAAAACAAAUUUAUGUAAAGGACUUUAAACAUUUUUCUGACAAUGAAGCAUCAACAAUGGUGGAUGAAAAAGUCGACUUUCUUUUUGGAAAUAAUCCCUUUUCGUCAUCAGGAGAGAAGUGGAAGCAAAGAAGAUCUGAAAUUGUUCCCGGUUUAACAUUAAACCGAAUCAAGGCCAUGUUUCCGAUUACGCUGGAAAUAUGCAAACGCAUGAAUGUAUUUAUUGAGGGUCAAAUUAAAAAUCCCAGCCUGGAGGGCACAAAUGCGAAGGAUCUAACUUCCCGCUUUAUGGCUGACAUUAUAGCCGAUUGCAUCAUGGGCAUACAAAGUGAUAGCUUUAGGGACUCAAAUUCACCUCUAUUGGUUUUGAGAGAGAAAAUGUUCCAGUACUCACCUGUGUACAGUAUCAUUGUUGGCUUAUUGCCAGUUAUCCAUAAGUUAAAGAAAAUGCGUUUUAUUACUAAGGAAUACGAGACUUACUUUGUCGGGCUAAUGGAAACUGCAAUAAAUAUAAGAAAAGCAGGUACAGAAACAAAAGUAAGAUGCGAUUUUCUCAAUUACAUGCUGCAACUGCAGCAAAAGAAAAAUCUUACAAACAUGGAAGUAUGUGCGCAUUCGAUGACCUUUUUGCUGGAUGGUUUCGAAACAGUGUCAUCAAUAUUGGCUCAUACAUUAUUAAUGCUGGCUCGAUAUCCGUUGAUUCAACAAAAGUUGAGGCAAGAAAUUACAGAUAAAUUGGGUAAAAGUAGGGACUUUGGUAUAAUUCAUGAGUUGCCCUAUUUAAAUGCCUGCAUACAUGAAUCACUUCGAAUAUUUCCCGUUGAUUUUGCGUCCACCAAAAUUUGUACCGAACCCAUUGAGCUGAUCAAUAAAAAUGGCACGACCUUUAAAGUGCCUCGUGGCAUGAUAGUCAUUAUUCCCAAAUAUCCCAUAAUGAUGGACGAUGAAUAUUACCCGGAUGCUUGUGAAUUUCAACCAGAACGUUUCUUGGAAGAUAAUGGUGGUAUUAAACAAUAUUUCAAUAAGGGUCUCUAUUGGUGCUAUGGCGAUGGUCCUAGAAUAUGUUUGGGCGUUACUUUUGGCUUUGUUCAAAUUAAGGCUGCUCUGGUGGAAAUUUUAACGAAAUUUAAAGUUAAGCCGAAUCCAAAAACUCGCAACGAUUAUACAUUUGAUCCUACAUAUUUCUUGGCUCGAUUGAAAGGUGGAAUCUUUUUGGAUUUUGAAGCGAUAUGACUGGAGUAUUGAAAUUUAUAGCAAUGAUUUCGCAAAAAUAAAAACUAAAAUUGUGAUGAAGUGUGUAGUGUCAACCAA